AUGGAUCCACCUCCUGUCUUACCUUCUCCUCAGUCCCACCUAGCAGAAACCUGCAUGGAACGCGAGAGAAGCCCACCCACAGCAGAGCUGAGCAGAGACUCCUCUGUUCUCAGUGGUCAGCUGCCUAGCUCCAGCCUCACUGACGCCGACUGGUUUGGGGAUGAGCACAUCCAGGCCAAGAGGGCCAGAGUAGAGACUAUUGUCCGAGGCAUGUGUCUCUCUCCUGGUCCCUUGGUGUCAGGCAGUUCGCGAGCCAGGGAGAGCUCAUGUUAUCCAGAAAAGGCCCGGGAGCGGAAGAGGAAGCAGAGCCUUCCCAUGCACCAGGGUCCCCUGAAAUCAGGUCCUGCCUGGGAUCGAGGGCCCAAGAAGGGGGGCGCCCGGGUGAAAGAACAACUCCAUCUACUGAAGCAACAGCUAAGACAUCUGCAGGAGCAUGUCCUACAAGCCACUGAGCCCAGAGCGCCAGUGCAGGGCCCAGGAGGUACUCAGCAAAGAAGCCCCCUGAGGCCAAAGCAGAGGAACAGCUUCCUGUCUAGCCCCUGGUCCACGGAGAGCAACCCCCACCAGAGUUCCAACAAAGACAUCUGUGGGGCAGUAGAACCCAGAACCGCCGAGGUUCCACAGCAGUCAGAGGAGCCCAUGCUCCAUCCUUCCGGACCACGGGCUUUAGUGGAGACUCUGAGGAAAGAACUCAACAGGGCCGUGUCCCAGGCUGUGGACGCAGUGUUACAACAGGUGCUACUGGAUCCCCCGAGCCACCUCACCCAGCCGGAAGGAAGCUGCCAGGGGCUAGCAGCAGAGGGCGGAAGCCAGCUCUCACCUCCAGGGAGAAGUGCCUAUAAGGACCUGCUUGCUCUUGCUACCCUGCCUAGGAGGGUCCAGCCACAAGCUGGGGUUCUCUUGGGCAAAUCAUCACUGGCUACGCCUCUAGAUUCUCCUAAGUGUCCUGUCUCUCCGAGAGCAGUCCCCAAAUCGUAUCAGAGUCCCCUGCCAAACUGUCCCUUGACAGCUGAGCCUUCCCACAUCUGGGAAAAUCAGAUUCUCAGCCAGCUUCUGGGCCGUGGACCCGAUGGCCACUGGAGUGGCAGCCCUCCCCAGGCCUCAUCUUCCCAAAGUCAGACCUCCCCAGAGUCUGCCCAGCAACCCUGGGUUUUGAGCCAGCAGCAGCUCCCCCCGUCUUUUGCCCCUGUCCACCUGGAAAGCCGGCCUCUCCUACCCGCUGUGAAGAUGGAGCAGGGUAUGCUGCAGGGCAUGGCGGACAUGGUUCCCUUCUCUUCCAUCCACAUCCAGGAAGGCCUAAGCCCUGGUCACCUGAAGAAGGCCAAGCUCAUGUUUUUCUUCACGCGGUACCCCAGUUCCAGCCUCCUGAAAGCUUAUUUCCCUGAUGUUCAGUUCAACCGCUGCAUCACCUCCCAGAUGAUCAAAUGGUUCAGUAACUUCCGUGAGUUUUAUUACAUCCAAAUGGAAAAGUACGCUCGGCAAGCAAUUUCGGAUGGUGUCACAAACCCCAAAAUGCUGACAGUUCUCCGUGACUCAGAGAUUUUUCGAGUUCUCAAUACACACUAUAACAAGGGAAAUGACUUUGAGGUCCCAGACUGCUUCUUGGAAAUUGCCACCUUGACAUUACAGGAGUUCUUCAGGGCUGUCUCCGCAGGGAAAGACUCAGAUCCUUCCUGGAAGAAACCCAUUUACAAAAUUAUUUCAAAACUGGACAGUGACAUCCCAGAGAUACUCAAAUCUUCCAACUAUCCCCAGGAACUGUUUCGAAGCUAA